AUGAUGAAAGCUGAAGCCGCAAAAUUAGGGUUGGAAUAUACUCAAUCGAAUAGAUCUGACAACAACCAUUGGUACAAAAUAGCCAACCCGUUAUUCAAUAUUCUAUCUGCAUUUAAGAUGAGAUAUGAUAAAAUCAGAAUAGUAGUCUCGAGAAUCCCCGUAGGAAAGAAAGGAAAUACCACUGACUAUGUAGAUAUAUCUCAAUAUGGGCUAACUCCUGCACACCAUGUGCUUUUAGAGGGCUCUACCUACAAACCAGAGAGGAGAUCAGCAAUGGCACAAACUCUAGGACCCCUUACAGCAGUUUUGGCAGCUUACAAAUCAAGAGACCCAUACAGAAACAAGUGGAUUGAAACUGUUAAAAGAGACUUGGUGUACAUUCGUAAUGCUAUUAACCUGUGUAAUGCAAUGCAAGAGAAAAGGGCUGAAGAAAUAGCGCCUGCCUUGAGUGCCUUCGCUGAUGUAAUAUUGAUUGCAGGUACAAGGAACGCGCAAAGAGCUUUCUUUCCUCUUUGCUUUAUAAUAUAUUGCCUUGGGACUGCGGACCAGCUGAAGAAAUGUGAGAUAACCAGAGCACAUACUCCCAUGGAUCCUACUCAAGUGGACUUUUCAGGGAAGGGAAUGUGGCUUGUAUACCAACCGUGA